AUGCGUUUCAAUAAAGUUUCACUAUUCUCUUCUCUUUUUGUCGUCUGGGUUGCUAUUGCAAACUGUGAAUUGAUCAAUGAACCGAACCCUCGUCUUGGCUUCCCACAACGGAACCAAUCGGUUGCAAAUGCUCUGUACUCUGCAAUUGAACUCCAUCUCUCCGUAGUCCCUCCUGAGCAAAUUCAAGAAGAAAUCGACACUAUGAAAAAGAAAAUUCGCAUUCAAUCCAGGGAGCAGUACCAAAGAUUACACCCAGAUGCUGAAUUCAACUACAAAAUACAAAAGAAGAACAAAUGA